AGUUCUUUGUCCUUUACAUUGUCAUUUACCUGCUUUGUCAAAAUGCAGGCCACAGAUAGUGACUUGAGCGUCUCAUCUAACUCAAUUGUAGAAGAAAAUGUACAUGACGAUGAAAAUGAUGAUGAAAGUGAAAAUGAUUCAGACGAUAUGUCAGAAUACGAGGAAAGUGUUAUCUUCCAGAAUGCCUGUCGACAGUUUUACAUCAACAGAAAAAAUGCCACUGAAUCGUUCAAAAACGAUAUUCAGAAAGACCAAGAUAAAAGAAACUACAAAAAGAGGAAGACCACUUCUAUUGACGACGCCAUGGUGCGACUGCGGCGAGAAAUGGCUUCCUUGAUGGAUCAAGACCUGACUCUCAUGGAGCAACUAUUGACCCUAAAUGAAACGAUAGAGAACAUCAAAGUCAAGAGACAUUACAACUCGAGUCGGGAAUCUUUUUACAGCUCAUGUGACUUAUACAGUGGAUCUGAUUGGUCACUUCCGGGCAGUACAGGUCCAUUUCGUGGUUCCAACGUUUUCGGGAAAGCUACAGUUGCUAUGUCAUCUAGUGAAGACAUGAUGGAAUCUGCUAAAUCCCAGACUCCACAGGUUGAUUCUGGUUACAAUACUCCGUGACUUUCUGGUGGAUGGGAAGGGUGAUAAAUGGUGCUAGACUGUGCAAUGAAUCAAUCAAUAGAGAAGACAAAAUAAAUAAAAAGGAAUUAAGUGCAUGUUAACCGAGUGAAAUAUGUUUGUGCCAGUAUAUAACACUAUAUCAUUUAUCUAGUCAUGUAUUCUAUUCUGUCUUUGUAUAUAUUUUUAAAAUCGAUGCAUUCAAUUACUAGUGUAUCAUAAAAACAAAUGAAUAUUUAAAGUGUAUUCUCAUCAAAGUUACUCGAGACAAUAUUCUUUGGAUAGAAUUUCUCGUCUUUGUUGAAGAUUGUAUGUACAAAUCUAUUUCUGUUGCAAGCAUUAGAAAAUAAUAGAAAUACAUCACAAUAAGUAUCAAUACCUCAACACGUUGUAUCUUUUGUAGUAGAUAGAUAAUUAGAGGAGAUGAAGUUAUCAUUAUAUAGCUUUUCUUACGUAGUGAUUAUCUUGGAGAUUAUUCCACUUCUUUUAUUUUCAGUCCAUCUCCUGUUAGUAUUGAUCUUAUUGUACCGAUACUUGGGAGACUGGGUUUUUUAUUGUGUAAGAAGACAUUUCUUAAUGCUUUAGAGCUGGUACAAACGGAUAUCAUUACAAGAUCUGGGGUGGUUUGAGUGACUUCCUAUUGUUCCUGUCUACUUAUCUUGUUAAUCUCUGACGAUUUGGCAAAUGUGAUGACAAGAACCCUCGGCAUGAUGUCAUUGUAUAUAAAAUACCGUCCGCUCAAAUAUCUGUCCCUUAUUUACAGAGGAAAAAAGUUAUUCAUCACUUGAUAAAAUGAAAGAUAGCACUUGUUACCUCAAAUCUCCGAUAGGAAAUCAGUAAUUGGGUUAUUGUAGAGAGCAAGUUAGGAAUAAAACACAUUAAUAGAA